ACCGGGGUCAGGACAUCGUUUUUGGACACUGCAAAGCGGAUCACUAAUUUGCUUUUGCGGGUUUUCGCCAUCUCGCGUGCCGCCACACAAACUCAUCGCCGUCGGCUCUGGGUGCGGUCACGGUCAUAGGUGUGGCCUGCCACAAAAGGAUCAGCUGGACCGGCGAUAUGGACGGCCUUGAUGCCUUGAUAGAAGAUGCACUCCAGUCAAAGUCCGGCAAAAUCGUGGUGCCUGAUGGCGCAGAACUCUUGUUUCCUGCUAGCAUGGGCCCGAGCAUCUACAUUGUCCGAGAGACAGACCAAAUCCUGAAGGCCGGCGCCAGCGUGGAGAUGUGUGAGGCGGAGGCUAUGCGCUUCGUCGCUCGCAACACCAGCAUACCUGUGCCUGAAGUCAUUGAUGCCUAUACCCAAGAUGGUAAUGGCUACAUCCUCAUGAGCAGGUUGCCUGGCGAACGGCUUGGCUCUCUCUGGAAGACAUUCGACUCUGCACAGAAGACGAAAGUAAUCGACCAAUUGCGGAUGUACAUGCGAGAGCUCGGCUCUCUCCAUGGAGAUUUCUACGGUUCGCUUUGGCAAGGCGCGAGCAAGGACAUCUGGUUCAUGCAUUUGCCAUGUAAGCCUGGGAAAGUCUCAUAUGGGCUGUAUUCCUCUCGACAGCAGUAUAACGAAGGUCUUGUCAUGGCAUUGAGAAACUCUAGACCAUGCGGAGUACUAACGGCAGAGGACGAGAUCCUGAUCGAGAAAAUUCUGGGAAACACAGACGAGCGGAAGAUCUUUUCACACGGAGACUUGCAUCUCAGAAACAUUCUUGUGAACCCGAGCACGGCGUGUAUAACACGCUUCGUUGAUUGGGAAGCUGCGGGGUUCAGUGUGCCGGGGAGAGAUUAUUUCGAAGCAAGGAUGCGUGCUCGAAACGACACUUGGAAAAAAGCGCUCGAUGAAAUCUUCGAGCCCAGCGAGCGAGCGCAUUUCGAAAUGAUGCAAACAUUGGACAACGCCUUGAUACGCCACACAUUUAUAUGAUUUCACAUGAAACCUAAACGCCUCAUGCAUCGGUUUCAGUCCAGCGCGAGCCAACAACGCGCGCUACGACUUCCGCGGGUUGUCCUACGAGGCCAGAUAUCCAGUCAGAUGUUCCAGAAGGCACCAAUUCCUCCGCCUCCAAAGCUAUGAUGGCCCUCAAUACCCAAUCCUGGCACCUUUCCACUCCAUCACGAGGAGCAGGCUCUUCUUGUAUGGUUCUUAUCGCCCGUCGAGACUGCUCUCGGUUCAAAUGGCAGACUUCGAAAGAUCCUUCGGAGCUUCUGCUCCGAACCAACACCCCGGAACGAAGGUCAAACUGAUAGAUCAAAUUUUGAUUGUCGAUCAUCAAGACAUGUAGCAAGACUCCGUGAGUCUCCCCUGGUGCGUGGAUGGCCAGUCCUCAAUGCGAUCGAUUGUUCGGAUCCGUGCCCAUGCCAUAAACAACUAUAGAAAGCUUGUAGCUGGACAUGAUUUCUGCAUUUUUUCAGCACAACAUUCUGGCAAGGCAUGGAGGGUACCCACAUUGAUGAGC